AUGCAUGAAAAAGCAGCUCCCCUGAAGAGCCCUGAGCCCAUGCACGGCCGUGAGAAACUGGAGGCAUCCCACAAGGAGAAGAGUUUGGAUUCCCUCGACGGCAGCCUCCACCUGAAUGAAGCCCUGAAGGAUGAAGACAUCAAGAAAUGCCACCGGGAAGUGGCCGCUAGCAAGUACAACUCCCAGUACCACAAGCUGUUCAAGGACAUCCCGACGGAGGAGAGCGUGCUGAAAGUUUGCUCCUGCGCCCUCCAGAGAGACAUCCUCAUCCAGGGAAGGCUUUACAUCUCCCCCAACUGGCUCUGCUUCUACGCAAACCUUUUCGGGAAGGACAUCAAGGUUGUGAUCCCGGUGGUUUCCGUACAGCUGAUAAAGAAGCACAAGACAGCUCGGCUGCUGCCCAAUGGCCUGGCCAUCACCACCACCGCCAGCAGGAAGUACAUCUUCGUGUCCCUUAUUUCCCGUGACAGUGUCUAUGAUGUCCUGAGGAGAGUCUGCACACACCUGCAGGUUUCCAGUAAGAAGAGCUUAAGUUUGAAGGAGCUGUCAGAGGAGCCUGACUCUGUGUCGCUGGAGGUGAUUGUCCCUGAGGGCAAGUGGAGGAAGGUGUCACCCACGUCCCUGUCACUGUCACUGCCAGACACUGACUACCAGUGCAUCCACCGGACCUCUGUCAGCAGCCUGAGUGCCAAGGAGAGCUCCUGCACUUCUGAGGAGCCCUUGGUUUCAGAAAGUGCAAUAAACACUGAGGAGGAGCUGGAGGUGGAGCAGAGCUGCGUGGCGGAGCUGAGACCCUCUGACUACCAGCUCCUGAAGAUCUUCAUCGUGCUCAUCUGCCUCCUGGUCGUGUCCUCCUCCUACCUGGCGUUUCGCAUCUUCCGCCUGGAGCAGCAGCUUUGCUCUCUGAACAGGGACUACCUCUCCCGCGGGCACAGGAGGUGA